AUGUUAGCUGCCAUCACAUUUAAUGUGGCUACGUCCCUAGAGCCAUGUGCUACACAUGGGCAGCCAUAUCUGGGAGUCAAAUCAGCUCAGGAACUCAGAAGGAUGAACAAAAGUCAAGCUUUCCAUAGAGAAACCAUACCAAAGCAUGUAUUUGGCAGCUGGAGCAGUUGGCAAGUAUGUCAGCUGGAGCAGUUAGGAGCAGCUAAGAGAGGUGUGCUUCACCAGCAAAAGGGGAGGAUGAAAUUGCACUCUAUAAAUAGACAGCUGCACACUCAUUCAAGGGGGAGUCAGAUACAUAUUUUCACUUCAUCCAUUACUCUCAUACACACAUUCAGAUUCACCACAAAGAGAGAAGAGAGCUUGGAGCUGUCCUGGGAAUUCCUUGUUGCCAUCAUCUAA